GCGCCAAGGCUGCACAAGACACAGCACAUGCUUUCCGUUCAUUUCUGGCAGACCUGGGGUCGACCUACAGAUGCGGCUUCUUCACUGGCUGAUGGCAUUCAGACCCCCAGCCACGGACGGUGCCAGACAAGCAACUGGACAGGACAGCUCAGCCGCAGGACACUGGCCAAGGUCGCGGCCGGAGCCGCAGCCCCCUGGCUACAGACCACCUCUGCUGCCCCUCUUGGGAGCCCUCCCACCUCACUCUGGCUUGCCGAGGUCCCGCCACAGGGGCUGAAGCACUGGGCGGUGGUGGCAGCUGUAGCAGUGGUACCUACAGGCUUGGGGCCAGCCCAGACACGUGGGAACCUGUUUCAGGCCACUCUGCGGCCCCUCCAGGACCGGAGGGGGACCCGGGAUAGCCCCAGAGCUCACCACUGCCUCUUCUUGUCACUGAAACCUGGGCAAGGGCUCGGGAUGGAAGGUGGUACUUCUGACAUGGCCAGCAGCCUGACGCCUGCGGAGGACCGGGUGAGCAGAGCACAAGACAGCCCGGAGCCCAGGCAGCAGCUGCGACUGCUUCCUGAGCCUUUAGACUCUACUCAGCACGAAGCCAAGUAUGUGGAGAUGUGUGCUUCAACUGGAGUCCAAAGCGAGAGCCCCCAGACCAUGAAAUCGCUACUAGAACACUGCCCUGGGGAGCAGGCCUCCGGGAGCCCAAAGACAAAAGCCAAGGAUGAACCCAGCAGCCAUGCUAGUGAGGUUCCAACUCCCAGGAAGAGCCAAUGCCCCAGCUCCCGGGCUGGUGAGAGUGACUUCUCAUCUUCCUCCUCCUCCUCCUCCUCCUCCUCCUCCUCCUCCUCCUCCUCCUCCUCCUCCUCCUCCUCCUCCUCCUCCUCCUCCUCCCCGGUGGACACAGCAGAAGACGCUGGCCUUUCCAAAACGGAUGGCCCCACCAAGUUACUGGGGGGCCUGGCCACCUCCUCUUCAUCCUUAGGCUUUGAGAGUGAGGCGGAAGCCAGCUGGCAGCGACACAACGAAGAAGAAGCAGGGGAAAGGGCAGGAGCACGGGAGGAUGGGAGAGGAGGGGUCGGUGAUGGAACAGGGUGCAAGGACAUUAUUGCCAAGUCCCAGGGCAAGAGGGAGCCCGUGAAAAAUGAGGACGCACACUACAUCACCACCCAUGAGAUCCAGCUGAGUGAGGUAGAGCAGGGCAUGGAUUUCGAUGUGGGGCUGGCUUCUCGCUGGGACUUCGAGGACAACAACGUGAUCUACUCGUUCGUGGACUAUGCUUCCUUUGGUGGCAGUGAUGAGACCCCAGGAGACAUCACCACCGAAGAAGAUGACGACAACAGCUGCUACGUCAGCACCACUCCAAGCACCAACACCACUCGGACUCCCAGCCCCAUCAGCAGUGACCUGGCUCGCCCUAGUGCAGGCAGCAGUGGCCGUGACACCAGCAGCACAGAAGUGGGCAGUGGCCCCUCUGACAGCGACGCUAUUCCCCCACCCACUGGGCCUGGCACCGCCACUCCACCUGAGCCUUCACUGGAGCUCCAGGAGGCAGCGUUAGGGGCACCGGUCACUGCUGCAAGCAGCUGUGCGGGUGCAGCAAGCCAGAUCCUCCUAUCAAUCAAGCCAACUUCCCGGGCUAUAAAUGAGCCUAGCAACGUGCGUGCAAAGCAAAACAUUAUUUAUGCUGCCAAGCAUGAAGGCGACAUGAGCCUCCGCGUCUCUACAGCUGCUGAACACAAUUCAAGUUCACAAAAGCAAAAUUCGGCUGCAGCCGUGGCUCAGGACCAUGCAAAGAAAUUCAUUGCAGUCCCAGCUCGGCUGCAAACCAGGUGCGGGGCCAUCCGGGCCAAGGAGUUGGUGGACUACUCCAGCGGAGCCUCCAGUGCAGUGAGCGAGCUGGACGAUGCGGACAAAGAGGUGAGAAACCUAACUUCCAGGGCCUUCCGGAGCCUCGCUUACCCCUAUUUUGAGGCUCUGAACAUCAGCUCCCGGGAAUCCUCCACCACACUCUCCGAAGUGGGCUUUGGACGAUGGUCAACCUUCCUGGACUUAAAAUGUGGAGGUGUUGGAGCCAGGGUGGAGCAGAGCCUGCUGAGGAGCAGUGCCGCCUCUGUGGCUGCAGGUCUGAGGAAGGGCACGCGAGCCACCGCAGACCAGCUCUACCUCCAGGCCAAGAAGUCCCAGACCAAGGCCUUGGAGUUUGUGGUCAGCAAAGUUGAAGGAGAAAUCAAACACGUGGAGACACCCCUGUGCUUCCAGAAGCAGGUCCAAACUGGCUCCCGGGUAGUCACACUUCUGGAGCCCCUCAAUCUACGAAGUGAGAGCAAAGUCAGCUCAGCCGCCGGGCCCUGCAGAGUCAGCAAAGGUUCCAGCAAAGGUCCGGGGUCCGUGUACACGGAUGACGGAUCAGAGACAUCCGAGAGUAGCAAGCCUGCCUCCCGCGGUGACGGCCCCCAGAAGAAGUCCAAGUUCGCUUCGAGUCUGCUCAAAAAUGUCAUUUCCAAGAAGAUGCAGCGAGAACACGAGUUCAAAAUGGAGAGAGGAGAAGUCACUGACACUUCUCACCGGAACGCCCCCAGCACCUCUAAGGAGACAGAAGGGCCUCCUGGGGCUGAGAAGCCGUGGGAGAGGGGCCUGCAGAGGCAGAGCUCCAGGCACUCCGAGGCUAGUUCCGAAUACACCGUGGUCAGUGUGUCCGAUGCAGGUGGAGAAGGGUCUGUUGUGGGUUCUAAGUCCCCCAUUUUCAAAGCCAGUACUCCUCGAGAGAGCAACACAGGCCCCAGCCGAAAUUUCUCUGACGGGCACACGGAAGUGUGUGAAAUUAAAAAGAGUGCCUCAGAGACCGUGAAGGGCAUCUUCCUUCGGAGUCAGAACAGUGCCUUCCGGACAUGGAAGGAGAGGGAGGCAGAGAAGCUGGAGGAGAAAGGCCCCAUCGGGAAGCUAAAGCUCCCCAAAGGUGGGGACUGGCGGGCUGAUCUCGGGGAGAUCUCUGCCAGCAAGUCUACCAUCAUGUCUCGCCUCUUCGUUCCCAACAUCCAGCAGAUGCCCAAGGACAAACAGCCGCAGAAGCAGGCCACCAAGUACCCUGCUGCUGCCCAGGCUACCUCCACGGCCGUGAUCAGACCCAAAGCUCCCGAAAUCAAGAUCCGCCUGGGAAGUGUACAACAGCCAAGCUCGGACUUCAACAUUGCCAAGUUGCUCACACCCAAACUGGCUAGUGGCAGCAACUCAAACCUCUUUAAGACCGUUGAGGACACCAGCAGGACCCAGCAGAAACUCUUCCGUGGUGGGGACAAUCUGGAAAAGGUGCCCCAGUUCCAGGUGAGAGACGUAAGAGACAAGUCCAAGGCCCCAGGACCUCUCCACCAGGUGAGGGAUGUCAGGAAACUAAUCAAAGGGUCAGGGGAUAGCAGUGACAAGGGCAGCGUCACCCCAGAGCAGGGGUUGACAGGGCCGAAGCCUAGGCAGCUGACUGCCGCAGCUGGAGGAUCUGGGUCCUUGUCCCCUAUGGUGAUCACGUGCCAGGCGGUUGUGAAUCCAAGAGAAGACAGUGUGGACCGCGAGCCCAGGGAAGGCGUGGGCAGAGUGGGCAGUGGCAGCAGACUCUUGAACUCCUCUCCAGAAGGGACUGUCUUGGUUCACAGGGCAUCUGGCAGGCUGCCUGUGGCCACCAUUGCUCCCAAUAAAUCUGAGCAGGGCUCUUACCUGCCCGUGCUCAAGAUUGUCUCCAAGGCUUCUGCUCAGCGGACCCCAGAGAAACCCAAAGACGAAGACAUCAAGGAGGAAGGGAAGGCACCAAAGCCAGCCCGGAACGCCUUGGAGAAGCUAACGGCCGCCGUGAGGUCCAUGGAAGAGCUGUACAGCUUCAACAGGAAUGAAUGGAAGCGCAAAAGUGACCCUUUGCCCAUGAUGGCCGACAGCCACGUCCUGUCACUCAUUGCCAGCGAGGAGAGGGAAGGGGUGGCCGGACCUGAAGGAGACCCCGACAAGCUGGCCAAGCAGUUGGGGCAGAUGGAGGAACGGGACACGGGGCACAAACCUGGUGUGGUGCUAAGGGGGGGCCCCAUUGAACGUCUGCAGAGGAGAAACUCUAACCCCAGCACUGAGAGUGUGUCUGCCCGGGCAGCCGCCUUUGAGAACAUGGCCAGAGAAAGGCCCAGGUCGCUCUAUAUCCCCCCAGUCCACAAGGAAGUGGAAAGAACCCAACCUCUGCAGCCCCUCCCCCCAAUUCCCAGCAAUCGGAACGUGUUCACCGUGAGUGCCAGCAGCACUCAAAAGACUGGGGGUGUUGCCGGCAAAUUCCUGCAAGGGCCCUCUCCAGAGAGCCUUUCAGCAGCCAAGGGCAUCAAAUCGCAGGGGCUCAGAUCGCUCAAGAUCUCCCCGGCCACCCGAGCACCCCCUGACGAGGUCACCGGCAGGAAAACUGCUGUCACUUUGGAAAAGAGUAACAGUGAAUGUGAGAAUUACCUGCCCGCCCCGCUUAAGGGAAGCUCUGCUUCAGGGGAGUUGCUGGGCAGGCCAGGGGCUUCCAGAGACGCGCCUCCCAGCUCCUCAGCUGCCACUCUUUGCAGCUUACCUCCGCUGAGUGCCCGCAGUCAGGUCCCCAAUAACUCCAAAGGCACGCACGUCAGUGGAACCAGUAGGCCAGCUUGGCGUACCAAACCUGACAACCACCGCGAAGCCGUCGCUGCCCCGACGGGGCUGCAGAGCCCCGAGCACACUCCCACUGCGGUCUACCACCAGCAAGCAUUGCCCUAUACUCUCCAGGGGGCGCAGCCACAGGUCCUCUGUUUCUCCCCACCUGGUAUGCCCGCUCCGGCGCCUGCAGGCCCAGCCACAGUCCCCACAGACCCCUUUCAGCAGACGCAGCCUCAGCAGACACAGCGCAAGAUGCUCCUUGACGUGACCACUGGGCAGUAUUAUCUGGUGGACACACCCGUUCAACCCAUGACCCGGAGGUUGUUUGACCCCGAGACAGGACAGUACGUGGAUGUGCCAAUGACCUCCCAGCAGCAACCUGUGGCCCCCAUGUCCCUCCCUGUCCCUCCUCUGGCCCUGAGUCCUGGGGCCUAUGGGCCCACCUAUAUGAUCUAUCCAGGAUUUCUGCCCACAGUGCUGCCCCCCAACGCCCUGCAGCCCACGCCCAUUGCUCACACUGCAGGAGGCAAUGAGCUCGCAGUAGCAGCAGAGACCCCCGGCAAAGAGACAGCUGCAGCGCUCACUGAAGCCCCAUACUUCAUGGCCUCUGGUCAGUCCCCUGCCUCCUCUUCCUCCUCGGCCCCGGCAGCCACAUCCCAACUUGUGGGGGCCAAGGGCUUUCCCCAGCUGCACGGCAAGCCUGUCAUCAGCAUCACCUCACAGCCCCUGGGGCCACGGAUCAUCGCUCCCCCCUCCUUUGAUGGCACCACCAUGAGCUUCGUGGUGGAACACAGAUGACAGGAGACACAGGAAAGCAGAAUGCAGCAGCUCCUGGAGCAAGACAGAAAUAAGGACUGUUCUUUAAUCUGAAGUUGCAUUGCAACACUCCGAAUUCAUCUGAAAAACUUUCAGUUGUGUUAUGAACUUUUAUUUCUUAUGAACCAUGUGUUGAUGACAGCGGUGGUUGAAGAGAAUGUGAAGACUGUGGAAGUUACGUAUGAAUUGAAGAGCAUAUAUUGUAUAAUGCAUAAAGAAGGACACUGGAGAAUGUUGAACUAUACCCCAGACUAUGAAUGAUGGUGCAUGGAAAGAAUGUGAAAUUUUAAAAGACAUCAAUGCAAUAUCGUGGUGGAGAAGUUCCUAGCUGAGGUCUGUGAUAUGUUUUGAUGGUACAAUGCUGUCAGUGUGGCUAAGGGAACUUUGAAUCCAGCCAACAGCUCCAAGAUCUGCCUUUCAAGUGCUCUUGCCUGUGUAGAAGACUACUGAGAUGGGAUUCUGUGUGGAAAACUACUUGCCUUUAACUGCCAGCAUUUGUAAAUGAUGGUGCAAUCUUGUGUAUUGGUUUUUUAUUUUGACAGUUUUGAAAACAUGUUUGUUGUUGUUGUUGUUUUCCAGUAAAAGUAACUAUAAAGAAAA